AUUAGGUCUCUCUCUCUCUCUCUCUCAUUUUGCAUCGCGAUCGUCCCCGCCGUCUGAGUGUGAAGCAGCAGCGGCAGGAACAUUCCGAGGGAGAAACCCCUCUCCUCCUCCACUAGUGUGGAUCUACGAGCAGUAGAUCGAGUUUAGAUCGUGAUUGCGGCGAUGGCGUCAGCAAAAGCUGGGUCCACUGGAUGGUUCAGAGGUAGAGUGAAGGCUGUUACAUCGGGGGACUGCUUGGUAAUUAUGGCCAUGACCAACAGCAACACCGGCAUCCCUCCUGAAAAGACUAUUACUCUUUCUUCUCUUAUUGCUCCCAGACUGGCCCGCAAAGGUGGUGUAGAUGAGCCGUUUGCAUGGGACAGCAGAGAGUAUCUGAGGAAGUUGUGCAUUGGAAAGGAGGUCACUUUCAAAGUGGAUUACACCGUUCCGUCCAUCGGCAGAGAGUUUGGUUCCGUUUUUCUUGGUGACAAAAAUGUGGCUAUGCUGGUGGUUGCUGAAGGCUGGGCAAAGGUCAGGGAACAAGGUCAACAGAAAGGGGAGGCAAGCCCCUUUCUGGCAGAAUUGCUACGUCUUGAAGAGCAAGCUAAGCAAGAUGGUCUUGGUCGAUGGAGCCAGGCACCUGGUGCUGCAGAGGCUUCCAUCAGACACCUCCCUCCUUCUUCAAUUGGCAAUGCUAGCAACUUGGAUGCCAUGGGUCUGCUCGCUGCAAAUAAAGGCAGGCCCAUGCAAGGCAUUGUUGAGCAGAUUCGUGAUGGCAGUACUCUCAGGGUGUACUUACUUCCAGAAUUUCAGUUCGUCCAAGUAUUCGUUGCCGGAAUUCAGGCGCCCUCCAUGGGAAGGAGGACUGCAUCCGAACCUGUUGCUGAAGCAGAAGUAUCUGAUGAACUGAAUGGAGUUGCUUCUACUGAACCAAGGGCCCCUUUAACAUCUGCACAGAGACUUGCAAUUUCUGCUGCCUCAGCUGCUGAUGUUUCACCUGAUCCCUUUGGUUUGGAAGCCAAACAUUUCACGGAGAUUCGUGUUUUAAAUAGAGAUGUCCGUAUUGUCCUGGAAGGUGUUGACAAGUUCAGUAACCUUAUAGGUUCAGUGUUCUAUUCUGAUUCAGACUCAGCAAAGGAUCUGGCAUUGGAGCUUUUGGAAAAUGGUUUGGCUAAAUAUGUCGAAUGGAGUGCAAACAUGAUGGAAGAAGAAGCUAAGAGACGGCUGAAGGCUGCAGAACUCCAGGCCAAGAAAAGUCGGUUAAGAUUUUGGACAAACUAUGUUCCUCCUCCUAGUAAUUCAAAGGCAAUCUGUGAUCAAAACUUCAGUGGGACGGUGGUAGAAGUUGUGAGUGGUGACUGCAUUGUUGUAGCUGAUGAUUCUGCCCCAUACGGCAGUUCAAUGGCAGAGCGACGUGUUAAUUUGUCCAGUAUAAGAUGCCCCAAACUGGGGAAUCCUCGGAAAGAUGAAAAGCCUGCACCAUUUGCCCGGGAAGCGAGGGAGUUUUUGAGAACACGGCUUAUUGGGAAACAAGUGAAAGUUUUGAUGGAGUACUCUAGGAAGGUCGGCUUGGCAGAUGGAGCUUCAACAGCAGCUGAUUCCAGAGUGAUGGACUUUGGCUCAGUUUUCCUGGUAUCUCCGCUCAAUGUCGAUGGUGAUGAUGCAGCCUCAGGGGUUUCGUCUACACCUGACAAACAGCCACUGGGGCUAAAUUUGGCAGAGUUGGUGGUUGCACGUGGUUUUGGGACUGUGAUUAGGCAUCGUGAUUUUGAAGAAAGAUCAAACUACUAUGAUUGCCUUCUUGCAGCAGAAGCUCGGGCCGUCUCCGGAAGAAAAGGGAUGCAUUCUUCUAAGGAUCCUCCAGUCAUGCACAUAACAGAUUUGGUUACGGCAUCAGCAAAGAAAGCCAGGGACUUUUUGCCAUUCCUGCAGCGGAGCAGGAGGGUUCCUGCCAUCGUGGAGUAUGUGCUCAGCGGUCAUCGGUUUAAACUUUUGAUACCAAAAGAAACAUGCAGCAUUGCUUUCUCCUUCUCUGGUGUGAGGUGCCCAGGUCGGGAUGAGCCCUUUUCAGAUGAAGCGAUUGCCUUGAUGAGACGGAAAAUAAUGCAGAGAGAUGUGGAGAUUGAAGUAGAAACUGUCGAUAGAACAGGGACCUUUUUGGGAUCACUAUGGGAGUCCAAGAAAAAUGUGGCAAUAACACUUCUUGAAGCUGGCCUGGCAAAGCUUCAAACUUCCUUCGGUGGUGACAGGAUCCCAGAUGCUCAUCUACUUCAACAGGCUGAACAAGUAGCCAAAAGGCAGAAAUUGAAAAUAUGGGAAAAUUAUGUGGAAGGGCAGGAAGUGUCAAAUGGUUCUGCGGUUGAAAGCAAACAAAAAGAAGUGCUCAAGGUGGUGGUAACAGAAGUCCUGGGUGGUGGUAAAUUUUAUGUCCAAACUGUGGGAGAUCAGAAAGUGUUAUCCAUUCAGAGGCAAGUUGCCUCAUUGAAUCUUCAAGACGCUCCUCUAGUUGGUGCAUUCAAUCCAAGAAAGGGUGAUACUGUACUUGCUCAAUUUAGUGCAGAUAAUUCUUGGAAUAGAGCAAUGAUUGUCAAUGCUCCUCGAGGAAAUGUUGAAUCCGUAAACGACAAGUUUGAAGUGUUCUACAUUGACUAUGGGAAUCAAGAAGUUGUUCCUUACAGUCGUUUACGGCCUCUUGAUCCUUCAUUAGCCUCUUCACCUGGUCUUGCUCAGCUGUGCAGCCUGGCAUUUGUCAAGGUUCCAACCUUAGAUGAGGAUUUUGGGCAGGAAGCAGCAGUUUAUUUGAGUGAACUGACGCUAAGCAGUUCAGAAGAAUUUAAGGCGACUGUAGAGGAAAGGGAUACUUCAGGAGGAAAAGUCAAAGGUCAGGGAACUGGAACAGUUAUCAUGGUAACUCUUUGUGCGGCUGAUUCUGAUCUAAGUAUAAAUGCAGCGAUGGUGAAGGAGGGGUUGGCUAGGAUGGAAAAGAGGAAGAAGUGGGAUUCCAAGCAGCGGCAAAUGGCCCUUGAUAACUUGGAAAAGUACCAGGCAGAAGCACGGACUGACAGGCUAAAUAUGUGGCAGUAUGGAGAUAUCGAGUCGGAUGAUGAGGAUGUCAGCCUGCCUCUGAGAAAGGGUGGUGGUGGUGGCCGGUAAUAUUUUAGUGUUUUGACUGAUAAAUUAUAUUGGAGAAAGUACUGAGCCAGAAGCUACCAGGAAGUUUAAAGUCAGAGGCAUGAUAAUCUGUCAAAUGGAGGAGGGAGAAAAUUGCGUUAGAACUUGCUAUAAAGUUUUGUUCUUCUGAGGUUUUUCUUUUCUGUUUGUAAACUCAUUCAUAGCUUGAGGUGAAGAUUCGGUUUUAAUUUCGUCGCAAUAAGGCAAGCUCCGGACAGUCUGUUUUCCAUUUUGUAGCAGAGACCAGUUUUCACAGACACAUCUUGUAGCAUAAGCCGGCUUUCGCUGUGUCACAUUUUCUUGUAGCAGUAAAUGAUUAUUACUGGUUCUUUCAA